AUGACAGGGAAGUCGAUGCUGCUGGAGGUGCUGGGGAAUUACGGGCUGGGAGUGGAAUUCGGCGAUCCCUAUAGGUUCCAGGUGAAGGAAGAAGAGGGACCCACUGACAAGAUCGCAUCGUACACGUUUUUCACCAGGGACAUCCAAAGAUUCCCGUGUCCAAUCACCUUCAUCGACACCCCGGGCUUCCAAAGGGGGAGGCCCGAGGACGAUCGAAUGUUAAUGAACGAGAUCCGUGCAUUCAUAGAUCGAUAUCACAAGCAGGGCAUUCAGGCGGUCAUAUACGUCGUCCCAGGCUCUCAGGCGAGGUUAACGGCAGAGCAGAAAAAGGUGUUGGGAAACAUGGCAGAAGUCCUGGGAGAUGAAUCUGCCAGUAUCCCCUUUUUAUUUUGCACAUUUGCGGACAGCAAACGCCUCCCCGUCCUAGAAUCCGUGAGAGAGGCCGGGCUUAGAUACCAGAAGCAUUUCGUCGUCAACAGCUCUUCCUACUUCGCUAACGAGGAAGAUGAAGACGAACCUUCUACCGACGACGAAGAGGAGAGGAUGAAAGCGAAAACAAGUUCCAUCAACGAAUUGCUGUGGAAAGUGACAACAGAGAACAUCCAGGAAUUCAUCAGAAUUCUGCUAACAAGAUUAAUAGGCGUGGUCCCGCCCCCACCACCCCCACCGUCAAUCUUCACUAGACUGUGCGACUGGAUUUCCCGCAACAUCAAAAGCGAGCCUUCAGUCAUCGCGAUGAGCCGGUGCAUGAGAUGGGUGAGGAAGAGAUGGAGGGAUGCGAGGGCGGCCGUCAGAGCCUGCUGCUGCGUGAGAGGAGAUGGAGAGGUGGACGCCGACAACCUUCAGGAUCCGCCGAGAGGCAAUGCCUCCGAGGAUGCAAGUUAUGAGUCCCUACUCGAGCCCAAUUCGUGCCGAGGAGAAUUGAUCGACCACACCCUUGAAGAGGAGGAGGAUGAGCCUUUAUUUGAGCAGCUUCUCCACUCCUGUUCAAGCACAUCUGAAAUAGGUCGGGUUCUACAGCAUGAAGGUGUAAAAACCCUUCUCCAGCUACAUUCGAGACCAACAAAGCGGAUCGACCUGGCCCUUGAACACGAGGAAGAUGAACCGAGUUCAGCCGACACGACCGAAAUCGGUUCGGCCUUGUGCGACAAAGGGGUCGAGCCCCUUCUCCCCCUUUGUUCAAGCAUGUCUGAAACCGGCCGGGCCCUGGAGGAUGGAGGAAAAAGCCUCCCGUUCAGUCCCGAACGAGGUCCUCCGAGUGCUUCCGUAACGAAGCAGGCGGACGGUUUCGACAACCAGCCAGGAGUCCCGAGCGAAGUCGAUGAAGACCCUUUCCCCCCCAUCGAGAUCCCGCCACUCGACCUCGACGAGGACGAGGGCAUGGACGAAGAUAUGCAAAGUAGCAGUGACUCAACAGUAUUAGUGACAGCAGUUUUGGUGGGUGGGGAAGGGGUCGCCUCCUCCACCGAAUCUUUGGAAAGCCUCGACUGGAGCUCCUCGUUGGAUGGGAUAGAGGAGCUGCCAUUUGAUGAACCUUCAGAAUCUCCCACCCUUCACCGGGAAGCCGACACCACUGAAAUCGGUUCGGUCUUGGACGACAUGGGGGUCGAGUCUCCUCUCCUCCCAUGCUCAAUCACGUCUGAAACUGGCCGGGCCCUGGAGGAUGAAGGAGGACAAAGCCUUCAGUCCAGACCGGAACGAGGUCCUCCAAGUGAUUCCAUUAUGAAGCAGGAGGACGGUUUCCACAACCAGCUAGGAGUCACGAGCAUAGUCGAUGAGGAGUUUUUCCCUCCCAUCGAGAUCCCGCCACUCGACCUGGACGAGGACGAAGGCGUGGGCGAGGAUGAGCAAAGCAGCAGUGACUCAACAUUAUUGGUGACUGCAGUAUUGGUGGGUGGGGAAGGAGUCGCCUCCUCCACCGAGUCUUUGAAAAACCUCGACUGGAGCUCCUCGUUGGAUGAGAUAGAGGAGUUGCCUUUUGAUGAACCAGCAGAAUCUCCCCCCGUUCACCGGGAAGGAUCUCUGGAAGUGCAACCCGGCUGCAUGCCUGGGAGAGGGUGUGCGGACCAGAUCUCUCUCAGACAGAUCGUGAAAAAGCACCCGGCGGUCAACCGCAACGUGUUCUGCGCCUUUGUAGAGAAGGACCAUGAUUGUGUAGUUAGUAGCAAGCUAUGGGACGUGUUGGCAGAGUACGACCCAGACGAGGACGAUGAAGCCAACGAGAGCAGAAAGCAGCAGCGACUCGUUAACGACAUUGGCGACAGCAAUCUGGGUCAGUGGGGUCGCACCCUCCAACCGAAUCACCGAAGAAAAUAUGCAAGAGUUCAUCCCCGGGUGGCACAGAGGAACUAA